AUGUCGACACAAACCUACAACUUACCUACGGUCAUCUCCCAACAGCCCAUACCGUUAAACGAUGCACCUCCCAGCAAAGCGUCACUACCUGAUACUUGGGUUCGCGUGAAAUACAACAUCCCGAACUUGCCAACGGCCGGUUCAGUUGUCAAAGUCAUCAAAUGUGUUCCGGUCCCGGACGAUGGGGACUAUGCCAACAAGAGCACCAUAGACGACAGCCUCUACUUCAUCGGAUGGAAAGUGCUGGUGCUGCGUCACGAACCUGUCGUAGCGGGAAAACCUCCCAAUACGCCCAUUCCGCAUGACUGCCUAACGACUGACAGUAGGAGGGGAAGGCCAUCAGAGACACCACUUCCGGGAGAUUCCAUUGUUUUCACUCGGAGCGAUACUGUGUGUGUUAGCAUCAACGGGUAUAAUAAGCAUAUCCCUCGAGGCACACCAUGUAGGGUCCUUCGCGGGCCCAUUUCAAAGAGUGGUACCAACGUCGGCGCAAGACCGGCCCAGGGGGCGCACUAUACCCUUGCUUUUUGGGUGGAAAAACAGGAUAGGGUGGAGAUACAGCACCUUGGACACGCGGUUUCGGCAAAUCUCUUCGAGACAAUCCCUUGUGCUGAGCCUCCCAACCCUG